UCCUCUGCACCCCGCCGCCACACCCACCUCUGCCCCCCGAUCCACGUUGACCCGCCCUCCGCCGUGGCAGCUGAAGCGGGCGAGUUCGGGUGGCGGCCAGCACGCAGCGUGCAUCGCGGCCAACACGCAGUGCUAUUGGCCGACUGUAGUGUGGCGUGACGGGCGCAGCGAGCGCGAGAGCGGGGCAGGCAUGGACGACGCUGUGCCCACGGGCGGGUGACGGACGCCCAGGCCACGGGCGUGGCCGCGUCCAGCCGACAGGAGGGCACGGGCGACGGGCAGGCGUCGCAGUGCGACGGGCGACGGCUGCGAUUCUUCGACCAUGCGAUGCGCAAGGCGUGCUGGGAGAAGGCGGACGUCGUUCCUGGCCGCCACCCGGACAGGUGGCGCGUGGAUGCGGCGGGCAACACGGUGGCGCGGCGCUUCAACGCGUGCCAGGGGUGCCUGUGCUACGAGUUCGACCACAUCGUGCCCUACUCCAAGGGUGGGGCGACAUCGGUGGAGAACUGCCAGCUGCUGCAGACGCGGGUGAACCGCUUCAAGUCCGACAAGGACCAGCUGUCGCCGCAGGAGUACUCGCACGCCUCCUGCCACCUCACGCUCACUGAGCGCGACCUGGACCUGGUGGAGAUGGCGGUGUACGGCGACGUGGUGCGCCCGGGCCUGCAGUGCCGCGUCACCACCGUCGCCGAGGCCCUGGGCGUGCUGCCCGCGCCCAUGCACCGCCGCCGCCACAGCAAACCGCAGCACCAGUAUGGCGCCUGCCAGUGGGCGGACGCGGGCAGCGAGCAGGGGAGCGCGCCUAGGAGGGUGAGAGGAAGUGUUCGCAAGGGAGAUGUCUGCGGCGUGCAGCCACUGCGUGCACGUGCAUCCCCUUGAUAUGCCCGCAGUGAGUACCAGUAUGAGAGGCAUGUGGCGCUCCAGCGGUGCGUGUGUGCACUGGGGGGCAAUGGGAAGGUGGGUGGGUCCGUUGGCAGCGAUGCUGGCAUUGCACGGAAGCCCAACACUCACGGUGCCAACGAUCCUCACAGCGUGCUUUACAUGCAGUUCCCUGGGAAGGAGCUUGGACUGCCUCUCUUUUGUAGAGUGUUCUCUGCCUGAGGCGGGAGGCGGAGGGCUCUAUGAGGCUCUAUCCCUCUCUAUUCCCUGUAUCACUCCUCCCUGCAAAUCCUAUCCCCUGGAUCCGAUCCGCCAUAUCCCCCAUAUCUCUGUCCCAAUAACCAGUUCCCUGCUGCUCACUCUCCUUACCCUGGAGGAGCAUCCCUCACUGCCAUGCCCCACAGCCCGCGCCAGCUCGUAUCCUCUGCCAUAUCAUGUUCACAAUCCCUGUUCUGCUGCUGCUCACUCUGCAGUGCUGCACCUCCCCUGGCUGCCAUUCUGGGAGUGCAUGGCUGCAUGGCUUCCUCUCAGUGCAUCCUCACUAUGGGAAACGCCAGAAGCUGGGGCUGCAGGCACGCAGCUUCCAUGCAUCCUUUUUCGGGGCAGUAUCCUUGGUUUUCUAAUUGACUCAAAGGGUGAAUGGAGCCACACUGUACCACAUGGCUGGAUUAUACAAAUGGGCUUCAGUUAACCGCUAAGCAGAACCUUGAGGUUUAGGGCAAACAUCACAUGAUAAUGACCAAGUGACUGUCUGACGAGCCACAUUGCUGACUGACCAACCACGGUGUG